AUGGCGGCCGCCGAGCCCCAGCUCUACGCCAAGGUCUCCAACAAGCACCGCCGCCGCGGCUCCUCCUCGCUCCUGGACACGCUCCUGGCCAUGGGCUUCCCUGCACACACCGCGCUGAAGGCGCUGGCGGCCACAGGCAGGAGGACAGUGGAGGAGGCCUCAGACUGGCUGCACAGCCACAGCGACGACCCUUCCCUAGACGACCCCAUCCCCCAGGAGUACGCCCUCUUCCUGUGCCCCACGGGCGCCCUGUUGGAGGAGCUCCAGGCCUUCUGGAGGGACAGCCAGCGCCAGUGCGCCCGGAACAGGGCCCACGAGGUCUUCCCCCACAUCACGCUCUGCGACUUCUUCACGUGCGAGGAUCACAAGGUGGAGUGUCUGUACGAGGCACUCCGGAGGGCAGGUGACAGAGUGCUGGGCAGCUUCCCUGCCCGGCUCCCACUGGAGCUACACUCCUCCAUCAGCUACCUGGGCUUCUUCGUGCCCGACAGCCCAGCCGACAUCCUCCGCCAACUGGCCAUGACCUUUGCCUCUGAAGCUGCACUCCUGGCAGACUGCUCCGUGAAGCCCUCCUCCAAGCAGCUCCACCUGACCCUGGCCCACAAGUUCUACCCCCACCACCAGAGGACGCUGGAGCAGAUGGCCAGGGCCGUGCCACCCGACCUCAGCUGCCAGUGGGCCGCCACGCUCUGCUCGCGGGACAUGCGCUUUGUGCACUACCAGACCCUUCGGGCCCUGUUCCAGUACAGACCCCAGAACGUGGAUGAGCUGGCGCUCAGUCCCAGAGACCUCAUCUUCGUGGACCCCACGCGGCAGGAGGAAGCCAGCGAGGGCUGGGUGAUUGGGAUCUCACACCGCACAGGGUGCCGGGGCUUCCUGCCUGAGAACUACACGGAGCGGGCCAGCGAGAGCGACACCUGGGUGAAGCACAGGACCUACACCUUCGGCCGCACACCCGAGCCCAGCUCCAGGAAGGACGGAGAGGCCAGGAGCAGGCGGGACGGGGAGCCCCAGGAGAGCCCCGCGGGGAGCAGCAGCAGCUGGCAGGCCAUGGCCAGGAGGAGCGUGCUGGUGGUGCGUCACGGGGAGAGAGUGGACCAGAUCUUCGGGAAGGCCUGGUUGCAGCAGUGUGUCACCCCCGAUGGGAGAUACCACAGGCCUGACCUCAACUUCCCCAGAAGUAUCCCCAGACGGAGUAAGGGGCUCCAGGAUUUUGAAAGCGACCCCCCCUUGUCCACCUGUGGGAGUUUCCAGGCCCAGAUGGCAGGGGAGGCCCUAAGGGACAGCGGCAUCCGGAUCACGUCCGUCUUCGCGUCUCCGGCUCUGCGCUGCGUGCAGACGGCCCAGCACAUCCUCGAAGAGCUCAGGCUCGAGAGGAGGAUGAAGAUCCAGGUGGAGCCGGGGGUCUUCGAAUGGACCAAGUGGGAGGCGGGCAGAGCCGUGCCGCGCUUCAUGACCCCAGAGGAGCUGCGGGAGGCGAGCCUGAGCGUCAGCACCGACUACAGGCCUGCGGUGCCGCUUGCCUCGCUCCUGCCGGCGGAGACUUAUGAGGACUUCGUGGGCAGGUGUGCGCUGAGCGUGCAGCACGCGCUCUCCUGCAGCCCCCCCGAAGCUGGCGUCAUCCUGGUGGUGGCCCACGGCUCGGCUCUGGACUCCUGCACGCGCCCGCUCCUGCGGCUGCCGCCCCGGGACUGCGCAGACUUCGGACAGCUGGUGAGGAAGAUCCCGGCCCUGGGCAUGUGCUUCUGUGAGGAGGACGGCGAGACAGGGACAUGGCAGCUGCGGCCUCCACCCGUGAAGACGCUCACCCACGGCGCCAACUCACCCUUCAGCUGGAGGAACUGGGUCCUGGGCACCUAG